AUGCUUCGUAAACAUGGACCAAAGUACCAUUGUCUAAUCCAUAGGAAGCUCGGGUUUCUAUUGAUGGCGGUGGAUGCCAAGAAACCACGUGACUGGAUUUUUCUGCUGUGGUGUUCUUGCCUCCGCGACGACCUCCGCGAACGUAAAAAAAAUAAUCAGGGCCAUCUCCAUUCUACCUCCACCUCCACCUCUAAACAUCGCCUAGACUGUUUGCCAUCCGAGGUAAACAGAUUCCACUUUCCUGUUCAUCAAUCAACCUUGACUCCGGUUAGCCCGCUUUGGAGCCACUCGCGCGACACAUUCGCGAACGAGGUCGUGUCACGGAACCAGGCACCGCCAACGACCGACAUCCAACUUAACAAGGACAACCUAAGAUUUGGUCUUUGGAUAUCCGAGGAAUCACAAACGGUGAUCGCAAGCCACGCAUCUUCACCGUCGUAUCUGCCUGCGCGUGAUAUUGGAAACUGCACCUCCGACCAGGUCUUGCACGCGGUUGGCACUCGAGAAGCGCAUUCAGCUAUCGAUCGUGACCGCCACCCCAGUAUCCCCAUCCCUCCGCCGAAUCCCCUCGAAUCCCGUCGAGACUCGUGGAGUCGAAUCGUGUAUGAACGAGCGCCAGGUUCGAGGAUCGUCUUUGAUCUGAGGGAAGGUGUUCAGGCUUACUCGGUGCCCGCAAACCUUUGA